AUAAAAUAAGAAUAACAGAAUUUAAGGUAACUUUUACUCAUAUUUCCGUUAAAACACGAUUUUACAUCCCAUCCAUCCGGCAUCCUUCCUAAUAGCCCCAACUUACGACGUAACCAUUAAUUUCUUAGUUUACUAUGCUACGUACGGCGUUAGGUAAGGCCCUUACAAGCGGCCAAUUGAGCCCUAAACAUGUAGCAUCUAUAACGAGGGCCCAGAGCGGCCAAGCCCCUAAGAAACCUGAACAAAUUGAGGUGUUUAUUGAUGAUAUGCCUGUUAAAGUAGAUCCUGGUACAACUGUAUUACAGGCAGCAGCAUUGGUUGGCAUUGAAAUUCCAAGGUUUUGCUACCAUGAAAGGCUUGCGGUUGCUGGCAACUGUAGAAUGUGUCUAGUUGAAGUGGAGAAAAGCCCUAAACCUGUAGCUGCAUGUGCUAUGCCUGUUAUGAAAGGUUGGCGUAUUAAAACCGACUCAGAAAUGACCAAAAAAGCCAGGGAGGGCAUCAUGGAGUUUCUGCUUGUAAAUCAUCCAUUAGAUUGUCCCAUUUGUGAUCAGGGCGGUGAAUGCGAUUUGCAAGAUCAAAGUAUGGCCUUUGGAUCAGAUAAGUCUAGAUUCACAGACAUUAAUCACUCAGGCAAAAGGGCCGUGGAAGAUAAAGAUUUUGGUCCUCUAAUCAAAACCAUUAUGACCAGAUGUAUCCAUUGCACCAGGUGUGUCAGAUUUGCUUCAGAAGUGGCUGGUGUUGAUGACCUUGGAACCACUGGUCGAGGCAAUGACAUGCAAAUAGGGACAUACGUAGAAAAAAUGUUCCUCUCGGAAAUGUCAGGAAAUAUCAUUGAUUUGUGCCCGGUAGGUGCUUUGACCAGUAAGCCUUACAGUUUUACUGCAAGGCCGUGGGAAAUUAGAAAAAUCGACUCUAUUGAUGUUUUGGAUGCCAUUGGUUCAAACAUAAUUGUGUCUUCUAGGACAGGCGAGGUCAUGAGAAUUGUGCCUAGGGUUAAUGAGGAGAUCAAUGAGGAAUGGAUCGCCGAUAAAUCCAGAUUCUCCUAUGAUGGACUGAAAAGACAAAGAUUGGUCACUCCUAUGUUAAGAGAUAAUACUGGUGAACUAAAACCUGUGGAUUGGGAAGCUGCACUUCUCACCGUUGCCAAGCAAAUUAAAAAUGCUGGUUCGAGUAUUGGAGCAGUAUCAGGUGCUUUCGCAGACGCAGAAGUCCUAGUAGCGGUUAAAGAUCUCCUAAAUCGUUUGGGCUCAGAAGCAUUAUGUACUGAGCACACUUUCCCCACUGACGGCUCAGGCACGGAUCUCAGAUCUAGUUAUUUAUUAAAUAAUGGCAUUGCUGGGGCAGAGGAAGCCGAUUUUGUCUUACUGGUGGGAACCAAUCCCAGGCUUGAGGCACCUUUGUUAAAUUCAAGGCUGCGUAAAGGUUACGUCCAUAAUGAGCUGGAUGUCGCUCUAAUCGGGCCAAAGGUUGAUUUGAGUUACAACUACACCCACCUAGGGGAUAGUACUGAUGUUUUGAAGCAAGUUGCAGACGGGCAGCAUGAUAUUAGUAAAAGAUUAAAAAGCGCGAAGAAACCACUGAUAAUUGUAGGCAGUGAAGUAUUAGAGAGGGCAGAUGGUGCUGCUAUUUUGUCUGCUGUUCAAAAGGUUUCUGCAAGUACAUCUCCGCAGGCAGAGGGUUGGAAGGUGUUGAAUGUUUUACAUAAGGUGGCCAGUCAGGUGGCCGCUUUAGAUAUUGGUUACACACCAGGAGUAGACAAAAUCAGGGAACUAAAUCCCAAAGUUUUAAUCCUACUGGGCGCAGACGAAGGCGCCAUCGAAAAAUCCGAUUUACCUAGCGAUACUUUUGUCAUUUAUUUAGGUCACCACGGCGACAGUGGCGCCGCAAUGGCUGACGCGAUCUUGCCUGGCGCUGCCUACACAGAGAAACAGGCCACCUACGUAAACACAGAGGGCCGCGCCCAACAAACCUUGGUGGCGGUUACGCCCCCUGGUAGAGCGCGGGAGGACUGGAAGAUAAUCAGAGCUUUGAGCGAGAUCGUCGGGGCUAAAUUGCCUUACGAUAAUUUAAACGAAAUCAGAGAUCGAUUGGAUGAGGUCGCGCCACAUCUCACGAGGUACGGUGAGGCCGAAAACGCGAAUUUCUUUAAGCAGGCGCAGGAAUUAUCAAAGAAUAUCAAGACCCAAUUAGACAGUGCGCCUCUGGAUGUAAAACUGAAAGAGCUGUCAGAUUAUUUUAUGACAGAUUCGAUCAGUAGAGCUUCGCCCACUAUGGCUAAAUGCGUACAAGCAGUCCUUAAACAAAAGCAGUCGAAAUUUUAAGACACUAGUGAACAAUGUAUAGGUUAUUAUUUCUGUUUUUGUUAAUCCAUUGCUUCUUAAUUUAAAGUUGUACAUUCACGGAUAUUGUAUUGAUUAUUUUAAGUGUUUAAAAUUACUACCCGAGAUAAUAGUGGGUAAUAAAGUGAAAAAAAUAGUAAAAUUUAA